GUGGUGCCAAGAAUAAACAAAGAAAUUUGGAGGCGCAUGAAAGUGGGUUUCAUGAAAAAGAGAGAUAUGAAAAUGACACAAAUUCAAACAUGCAUAACUAAGAGUGCAUUUGCGGUUAUGCAGGUUGCGCAAUAUAUAUUAAAACAAGAUAAAGCAGUAGACGGUAAAGAGGAUGCAGUACGUGCAUGUACUGACGUUCUUUGUCUACUGGGAGAUGCUAGCACAUCAAUAUCUUACAGAAGAAGAGAACUAUUAAAACCAGUUCUUAAGAGUGACCAUGCUGGCUUAUGUGACACAAACGUCCCAGUAACAUCUUUGCUAUUUGGGGACGAUUUAUCUAAAACUUUGAAAGAAAGCAGAGAAGCAAAUAGACUGGGAAGAGAUCCUUAUCAGUCAAAAAACUGGAAAAGGACGGGCUACAAGUACCAAUAUGCCCAAAACAACGAGAAGCAGGAAAAACAAAGCCUCAAGAAGAAACAAAGAAAGUUUUAGAAGAAACUGUACAGACUGUAAAUAAGUAUCAUUCCAGCAGUUCUCCAAAAAAUGCAUACAGACAAAGCAACUGGAAUAGUGGUAGUACCAAACUGGCCAACGCAGCCGUUCUAUGCAACAAUCAUGAAAAUGCUAAUAGACUAUCCAAUCUUCAUAAAGAAAAGCCCUUCACUUCUAAUGCUACCAGGGAAGACUUCGGUUCACAAAAUAUGGGACAGACUAGACCUCCUAAUGUGCCUAUUAUCCGGCGAUCCAUUGAAAACCACCAACUUCCGGAAAAUGUUACAAGCAUCAUCAUGUCGUCAUGGAGGAGGGGAACAACUAAACAAUAUAGAUGCUACCUCAACAAAUGGGAAAUUUUCUGUAGUAGACGGAACAUCAAUUCACUUCACACAUCUGUAAACAAUGUGUUAAUUUUUCUAACAGAAUUGUAUGAGACUGGCAUAGGAUACUCUGCCAUUAAUACAGCGAAGAGUGCAUUGUCGAACGUUGUUUCACUGUCAGGAAAUGACAGUGUACAAUUAGGAAAUCACGCACUUGUUAAGCGUUUCAUGAAAGGAAUAUUUAAUAGUCGACCUUCUCUUCCGAAAUAUACUCAGGUGUGGGAUGUUUCCCUGGUGCUUCAGUACUUGAAGUCUAUUUCUAUUGAAGACAUAACAUUGAAACAGCUGACAUUGAAAACAGUGAUGUUACUUGCUGUAUUGUCUGGACAACGUGUGCAAACUUUGGCGAUGUUAUCUAUUACUAACAUGUGUUUGACGACGGAUAGUGUACAGUUUUAUAUAGAUCAACUGUUGAAACAAAGUAGACCAGGAAAACAUUUAGGGAUACUACGAUUUCAAAAAUAUCAUGAAGAAAAUGUGUGUAUCAUAAAACACUUGAAUAUGUAUGUGGACAAAACGAAACAUCUACGUGACACAGAUAAUUUACUUGUUAGUUACCAAAAACCACAUGGGGCAGUAACGCCUGAAACGAUUUCUCGUUGGAUAAAAAGUGUGUUGGCAGCAAGUGGUAUUGAUACAACUGUAUACUCCGCGCACAGCACGAGAGCAGCGUCUACCUCAUCAGCGGUAGCUCAGGGGUGUCCAAUUGAUGUGAUUUUAAAACAAGUGGGAUGGUCAAGAGCAGAAACAUUUGGAAAAUUUUAUAAUAAAACUACUGAUAACAAUUAUACUUGUACGAUUGAUCAGAAAGUGUUGGAAACAAUUUAAAGAACGCUGAAAUGUUUAAGCUGUUUAAUUGUACAGUGAUUUGUAGCAUGCAUUUAUUGUUUUUUAGCAAUAACUGGUAAUCAUAAUAAAUACUACAGUUAGUA